AUGGCAUCAGAUCCCGACAAGGUGGUCCUGAUUCCCGACAACGAGAUCCAGGAGGGCCUGGUCCUGGCUGGCAAGCUGUCGCCGGAGGCCCUUCGCCACGACACAGCUCGCCACGCGCACGAGCAGGUCGAGCACAUGGGCGACCCACAUCCAGCCGCAGUCGGCCCCAACACGCCGCAGCUGCAACUGCAGCAAAACCAACCGCAACAAGAUCAGCUGGCGGAGGCAUCUGAUACGCGCCACCGGCUGGCACCCGCGGGAAGUGCUGGCGGCCAGUCGGCCGCACCGCAGCCCGCUUCAUCACCUGCAGCUGGGGAGUACGGGGCGGCGGUGAAAUCCGCGUCCAGGGACCCCGCAACGGCCGGUGGUGGUGGUGAUGGUGGUGGUGGUGGUGAUGGUGGUGAUGGCGGCAAGACGCAUCACAUACCGCACCUGCCGCAUUUGGGCUCCGCUGUACGGCAUGUACGGGACACCGUCGUUGGGCUUGUGGAAAAGGUGGAGAAGGCUGUCGGCGUCCUGCCCGCCACCCACACAGGGGGGGAGACCGCCGCCGCCGCCGCCGCCGUCGGCCCGGAUGUUGAUGUUGCUGCCGCCAUGCCCAGCACAACGCACACUGCGGUACACGUCGUACCGCCGGGCGUGGUGCUUCCGCCGCAUGACCCCGCCCAGGCAGCGCGGGAGCGCGAGGAGGAGGAACGGCGGCAGGCGGCGGCGGAGGCGGCGGCGGCGGGGGAGCUGCUGGCGCUGCAUCACGAGCUGCCCUCCCUGGAGGUCAUUCGCGACAGCGCACGCGGCUUUGCGGACUCUCUGAGGCACAGCGUGAGGGAGCCCGAGGAGGCGGCGGCGGAGCUGGCCGCAGAGCAAGGAGGCGGCGGUGGCGGCGGCAGUCGGGGCGGAUCACCGUACCGGCAUGACGUCAGCGGCGGCGGCGGCGGCGGCGCCUCCGCUGCGCUUUCCCCCCUGGAGCGUUUCCCCCCGUCGCCCCCUUCCGGCCUCCUCCACCUAGUGUCGCAUACCCCUGAGGCGGCGGCUGAACUGGCUGCACCACCAGCAGCAGCAAAUGGCGCCGGCCGCCGCGUCGCGCAGCCGCCAAAAUCCCGUCAGUCCGACGGCGGCGCCGACGGCGGCGGCAGCAGCUUUACGGCAGUCGGCCGCGCACCCCGGGAGCACCCGGAGGCGACCUGCCGCCACCAGCGGCGGGGGUGGCGGCGGAACCUGCGGCGGACCAUGCUGUCGCCAAUAAUGCCGCCGCCGCCGCCGCCGCUGCUGGCAGCGUCGUCCCCUCCGCUCUUGGGACCCACGGGGCAGGUAUCGCACCUGGAGGGCCCGGUCACGAGCCACAGCCGACUCAAGGGCCGCAUACCCGGACACCGCAGCAAGAGCACCUUCGGUCGCAUGCGCUGCAGCACCCGCUGCCGCACCUCUCGGGAUUGCGAACGGCCGAGGACCCCCAGAGCGGACUGCCCCUGGUCGCACUGCCCGCACUGCCCUCACUGCAUGGAGGGGACUACUUUGGCUGUGUACGGUGGACGAGCGCCUAGGCUUAGUAAUGCAGUCGUCAUUGUAACGCGCGGCCGUUUGCCAAAGGGCUUCCCGCAAUGA